AUGGGCAACACACCAGCCGAUCCGCAGCCCAACCCGGAACCUAUAGGACCCGGGCAUCUCCCCGUCGAACUCCUGUUAGAGAUCGCUUCCGGGCUAGUUCUCGAAGACUUCCUCGCUUGCGCUCAAGUCUCCCGCCAAUGGCACGCGGCGUGGACCCAGCCGCGCCUAGCCGCGGCGCUGUGCCGCAGUUUCUUCCCCACGCUGACCGUGUCCAACACCUUCGCCGCCUUCCAGAGGGCGUGCCGCAGGUUCUUCCGCCGCCGGCACGGGAAGUACACGGCCGUGGUGGACCUCUCCUGGGGUAACUGGACGCAAGGGAUUCCCCGCCAUUUUGAGUUUGAUCCUGAGCUUCACCCUGACAGCUAG